AUGUGUAGUAUAUUAAAUUUCAGAAAAGACCCAUCAAAAACUCCCAAAGUUUGGGAAAGAGCUCGAAGAGAAAAAAUGAAAAUUUAUUUUAAUGAAUUACAAGAGGUUUUACCUUUUUACGAUCCGUCGACACCUAUGUCAAGAUUUGAAAUAUUACAAAAAUCUAAAAUAUGUAUUAAAGAUCUUCAGGAUCAAAAUCAAGAUUUGUUAAAUGGUGGUUUCGAUGAAGUUUACAAAUUGUUAAAAAGAGUCGAUCAGUUAACUGAUUUAUUAAAGGCAGCAAAUAUAAUGAUUCCUCCUUUAGAAACAUAUUCUGAAGAUUUUAAAAAUGGUAAUUCGCUCAAAUGGAUGAAUCAACGCCCAAAAAAAUGGUCUGAAAAAAUUAAUUUAGUAGUUCCAGAUGAAAAAAUUCAAAGCGUUUUGUCAUUAAUUAAAGAUUAUAAAAAAAGCAUUUCUAAAAUUCAGAAGAAAAAAGAUAGCGAAAAUUCAUUUAAUGAAUCUGAAUCUCCCACACAUUUUAAAGAAAAUCAACCUGUGGAUUAUAACAAAUUGUCUACAAAUAGUGCACAAUUGAAUAAGAGUGAUAAUAAAAAUAGUAAUAAUAAUAAUAAUAAUAAUGAAAAUAAAAGUGAAGUUGUGGAUAAAAGUGUAAAUAGUAAAAGCAACUCUAGAAAAAAGAAAAUUAUUAUUAAUCAAACAAAUAGUUCACCUAUUCAAGGAUUUGAUAGCUGUCUAGAUGUAAGGUCUCAAAAUUCGAUUUCUUCAUUAUUACAAAAUCAUAAUAUAGGAAUUCCGAAAAUUGUGGAAACUCCUCAUAAUAUAGUUUUGCCAUCAACUCCGAGUGUAUUACAAUCGAAUACUUUUCUGUUAACUAACGAUGGAAAUCUGGUUCAACUACCCAUUUUAAAUUCUUCAAGCACUGUUUAUGAUCCUAAUCCCAAUUUACUGACACAAACAGCCAUAGUUAGACCAAGUACAGGAUUGUUAACACCAAUCGUAAUAAACAAGCCAUCACCAGUUAUUGUAUUACAAAAGCCUGCUCCUCAAAUUAUACAAACGGCACAAAUUUUGAAUGCAGCUCCACAAGUGAUUAGCGUUUCAAAACCCAACGUACAAAUUCUAAACAGUUCAAUUAUCUAUACUUCAUCUAAUCCAGUUGCUAAUUCAAAAAUUUUAUCUCACAUAUUAUCAAAAGCUCCAGCAAAUAAAAAGAGAAUAAUGAGAGAUUCUACUACCACGACGUAUGUAAAUAAAAUUCCUAUUCCAGCGUUAUCAAAACAAUCAUAUGCGAAAAAAAAUAUAUCAAAUAAUGUGGGAAAUGAAAAAAACAAAUCUAAUGCUAAUAAAUCUAAAGAAACAACCGAUAAACAAACGGAUGAAGAAAAUAAAAAAAAUGAAAACCAAACUCCUGAUCAAGUUUUAAAGGAUACCGACGAAUCCAAAAACAAUAAAACUCAAGAAAAAGAAAAAAAAUCAUCUGUAGAAAAUGAAUUAGAAAGCACGCGUAAAAGAAAUUUAGAAGAUGAAAAAAAAGAAAGUUGCAAAAAGGCAAAAUUGAAAAAUAAUGCCGGAGAUAACGUAUUCAAGCCUAUAGAGAAUCCUAUUGAAACUGACGCCAUGUUUUGUAAUUUGGGAUUACCCAAUUCCAUAAACACUUCUCUAUCCAUUUCACCCACUGCGGCAUUUUUAUCUAGUUUCCCAAUUGUGGCUCCCAUCAGACCGGAAACGGAUGAAGAUUUAGGCGAAAAGAAAGUUGAUGAUAAUAAAAGUUUGAGGCAAAUUGAAAAUCAUUUAACACCUUUGGAACAAAAUGAAGAAAGGAAUAUUGUAAACAACCAAGAACGAAAAAGUAAUGCAUCGAAAGACUUUUUGACACAAUCAGCUGAAGAACAAUCUGUCACUCAGGAAAAUAUUUCAAAAGAAAAACGAAAUAACUUGGGAGAUGUCGAGUUAAAAUUAAUAUCAGACUCCGCUGUAAAUAAUAAUUUUGACAAUAAUAUAACCGCUAAUAGUAAUUUGACUAACGGUAACAAUAAUACCGGUCACGGAAAUAACAGUGAAAGUAAUAGCAAUUGUAGUAUUAGCACCAGCGUCCAUAAUUCAAAUAAUAAAAACAACAACGAAACUCAACUUCAAAAUCAACCAAAUAAUAAUAAUCACUUCGAUCCUUGUAAAAGUUGGGCUCAAUAUCAGCAAAAUACAUGCGAUAUUCGACCUGAAACUUUUUUUCUACCCGCGGACAAUCUUCAAAUUGGCCAAGCGUUGACAUCAAUUGAAGGAUCCUCUGGUGUUGAUUUAAAUUUUCCAGGAAUAAAUACAAAUUUAAAUAACGUCACUUAUAAAUCGUAUGGGUCAAGUGCAAUUUCAAAAUCCAAUAAUAAUUCAAAUAUUCAAAACAUGGUACACGACAUACCCAAUAUUAAAAAUAAUACUUUUGAAUAUGGUCAAAAAGAAAAUUUUAUGAAUCAAGCACCGUCGUAUAACAACGAAAGAUCUACUGCUCAUAAAAAAUCAUGUUCGAAUAACGUGGGAGAACCUUUCGUUGGAAACAAGGCUCAACAACCGACAAAUUACACUCUUGAUACUAAUCCUCCGUAUCAAUUAGUACCCGCUAAGGAAGUACCGAAUCAAAGAAACGCUCGAACGGUUAAUUGGAUGACGGAGCCAGAUGUGAGAAAUCGAAACAUGAUAUACGGGUCUCAAAAUGACAAAAUACCCGCUUUAAAACCUCCCAUCUACGCCCAAUCAGACAACAAUUUUUAUACAAACGGUCAAAAUGCUAAAUUGAUUGGGGGGGAUUGCACGGAGCAAUUCAUCACUGUCGAUCAGAGUAAAAUGAAUUAUCACAAAAAUGAUUUCUACGGAAAAGAUCAAAGGUGUAAACCAAUGGAUAAAAGAACGGAUGGGAAAUGUUAUGUCAAACCGACACAAAAUUCUUACAACAACAUAUUCGAUUAUAAUUACACCCCUAAUUGUUUCGCAGAAGAAGACUCAUCCAAAUAUUGUAAUAACGGACAAUCAUCAUACGUUGGUAAAAGUAAAAAAAAUAACAACGGAUCGACAGGUCAAAAGAAAAAAUCUGAAGGUAUGAAUAACGAACAUCAUGGAGUGGUGGAGUCAACGAAGAAACCUCCAGAACAAAUAAUAACAAAUCUCGAUUUCAAUCCAAUUCCCAAUCAAGAAUGUUUCACUUGGAUGCCUGGUAAAAAUGUCGAUUGGCUUGCCGGUAAAUCCUUCGGAUUGGAUAACAAUUUAGUCGUGCCAUCGACGCUCCCCACUUUAGUGGGCGAUCUAGCAUUAGGUACUUCGACGAACGACAUCCAUCUUGUGAAAAAUAACGUCAAUUCGAAAAUCGGCGGCAUUCAUUCUAAUUUGAAAACUCUACCGAACGAUAUCGAUAAGGAAUAUGCCGAGUUGGGAAUUGGAAACAAUGUUAAUUUAGGAAAACCCGUAGUAGACGGCGGAGUCAGCGACGGAAGUAAACAAUACCUGGAACCAUUUGCUAACUUAUCGAAAAAUAUUUUCGAUAUGACUCCGUCGAAUGUACAAAAUAAUAAUAAUAAUAAUACGCAGGUGCCUAAAAAUGAUUUUACCUUAAACAACAACAGCAAUAACAACCACAACAACGAAACGAUCGUUUUAAAAAAUAUUUUCGAAUUACCCGUGUCGAAAAGUUCAUCCUCCGCGACGACGACGACGACAGAUUUCAACAGGCAAAAACAAAGAAACAUAUCGAAUAACACACAAAAUAGUUUUUUGUCCGUUAGCCAAUUGGUCGAACCUCCAAGUUUCGAGGGAACGGCAAAAUUGGACAGUGGAUUGGAUACCGGAGGAACCAAAACGGAAAUCUACGGUCAGAAUUAUACGAAUUUCAACAAUCAGAAAACGUACAAGAGUAGCAAAAGUAGGAGUUCCCAUUGUAAAUACGGGGAUAGAAAAUAUCAAGGAUAUAAAAAUACCGGAAGUAGCAAUUAUACAGCGGAAGCGUUGAUACGUUCGAAUAACAAUAAUAAUAAUAGCAAUGUCGGGUGUCAAUCGAACGAUUUUGCCGUGGAUAUAAAUAUAAAUUAUUUAAAUGGUAAAACUAGUCAAAAAAUAGAACAGUUUACAAAUGGUGGGAAAACGGAUUUCGAUAUAAGUGGAAAAUCCGGGGAUUUUCAAAGCGGUUCCAAUCAAAACAUUUACACGGAUUUUAAUUUUUCCAGUCCUGUACCGAAUUUCGGUAUUGGAUCGACGACGGUUGGAAAUGCAGGAGAAUUUACCGGACACGAUCCCAAUUCUAAUUUUCCAGGGCAAAGUCAUACCUUUUUCACGGAUUUCAUAACUCCAGAAUAUCCUCUGACGGAAAAUCCAUCCAAUUCUUUACUCAUACCUCCUUCUUUGCAAAAUAGUUUCGUCGUGGAAAAGAAACCGUCGCAUUCGACGAACGAAAAAACUAAAAAUAAUUCGAAACAUUAUUCGUCGAGAAAUAGGAAAAAUUUCGAUUGUCCAAAAUCGAGUUUCAACGAGUUUUCCAUACCUCCAAGCAAUGCAAUUUUCACCAGCACAACGUUGGCGUGUCCCCCUCCGACGAUAUUCACAACGUCCGCAUGUUCGAAUUUACUACCCGUUCCUACUCAGAGUAUUCCGAUAAGUUUUUCGAGUCCGCCAUCUUUUACGACGAGUAACAUUUCUUUUCCUCCACUCACGACGAUGACGACGACGACGACAUCGUCGACGUCGAAUAAUGUUAAUUAUCAUAAAUUUACGAAUUCUUCGACGCAAAAUUCCACUCCGAGUUCAUCAUUUUUACCCAAUAAUGCUGGAAUGUUUACGACGUGCACGUCCAAACCCAAUUCGUCGAUAACCGAAUGUUUUCCUACCAAUUCAUUAGGAAGCGUUACCAAUGCCGUCAUAUCUUCUGCUUUUUCAGCUUCCAACGUUCCAUUUUCAACGUCGCAAUCAUCGAUAUCAUUUUUCUCGUUAUCGAAUCCCAUAAUUCCCUCUUCAUCCCUUCCAUCAUCGACGAGUAAUUCUUUGGCAAAUUUUAAUUUGAGUACAAUUUUCCCUGAGAUAAAUCAAAAAGGAAAUUAUCAUUAUUCUUGA